UACACCUCGCACUUCACUUACCACCUACUCCCACCUACCUCCACCUACUCCAAAAGACGACGCGGACUACUUCUCUCAUUCCGAGUGUCCAUCUUUAUUCAACUGGCACGUAACCUGCACACAUGCAUUACGUCCUCAAGUUCUGCCUCAAGAAUGGAGGAACGGUCCUUGGGGAAAAAAAGCAGUAGACUUGAAGUUUGUGGAGGAUUACAAGCCUUUUAAAGAUAAUGUCCAGCUCAGAUUUAUGCUCUAUGGACCUGUUGGUGCUGGCAAGUCCAGCUUCAUCAACUCUGUGGAAAGUGCUUUACGAGGGGAAAUAACUGAUCGAGCUAAAACAGAUGCAAUCGGUGGCAAGAGCUACACCACAAAAUACAAAGCCUACAAAAUCAAAAAAGGUGAUACAGGGACACAUUACCCUUUUGUCUUCAAUGACGUCAUGGGCCUCGAGAAGGAUGAAGGAGUUUGUGUGGAAGACAUCAAACUGGCCAUUAAGGGACACGUGAAGAAUGGUUACAAUUUCAAUCCUCGGUCUUCCUUGUCUGAGGAUAACCAACACUACAACAGAGACCCGUCUCUAAAUGACAGAGUUCAUGUUCUGGUUUGCGUCAUCCCUGGCAGCAUAGCAGGAUUGCAGGAUGAUUCUGUGAGAAAGUUGAGGGAAGUCAGACUUGCAGCCAGGGACAUGGGGAUUCCUGAAUUUGCUAUUCUCACCAGAAUUGAUGAAACCUGUCCAGAGGUCAACAAGGAUAUAAGGAACGUGUAUAAGAGCAAGUACCUGAAGAAAAAGAUUGAGGAGGUGAGUGGAAGGAUGGGAUUUCCACAAAACUGCAUCUUUCCUGUGAAGAACUACCACUCAGAGAUCAACAUACAUGAUGACACAGAUACACUGAUACUGAGCGCACUGACAGGGAUGAUUGAAUCUGGAGAAGACUUUGUCAACGACCUGUAAAACUACAUUCUGCUGAGGCAGGUCUUCUUUUUAUAACAACAUGUAAAAAGGUCAUGUUAACAAUUAUGAUAAUUACAUGAAGUGGGCAAAAUGGCUUUUAGUUUUUUGUUUGCAGCCUGUAAUGCAUAAUAUCUAUAAUAUAAAUGAUGGUGUCUCUACCUUAAUGAGUAAAGUAUGAAAAGGCUUUAUUUUUCCUAUAUUUGAUGUUUUCGUUGCAUUAUGAUAUUGUUAGUUAUAUGCUUUUUUGAUUCAGGUGGUAAUUUAUAUUGCCGUCUCCAGGUAAUCAAAAAUCUGAAUAUUCGUAGGUCGAAGAUGAGAUUUGGUAAAAUGUGUUCAGAAUAAUGAUAACAUAUGCUGUACCUGUCAUUGAUUCAAAGUGUUUUGCAUAUAAUGAUACGUUUUUUAAUAUAACCAGAUCAUAUUCAUCAAAUAAUGAUAACUUUAAUAUUAUGAUAUUUUUAAAUGACAUAAUAAACAUAAUUGUUUCAAUCAAGACAACAGAUCAGAGCAGUUCUGUGAUUUGCAGCUCAUUCAGAUCAAAGCAGCUUCACUUGUCUCUAAGAAAACCCUCGUCAGGUUUUAAAACAUGCAUGUGAUUACACUCAAAAACAAUACAUGGUGUUUCUUAUUUGUGCUUGCAUUAAAUGGUUCAACAAUGAUGUACAUUAAUUUUUUUAAAUAUUUGGUGAGUCCAUAUUUUGUUGUUACAUUGAGAGGGUGCAAAGUCAUGAUAAUCAGUGCCUGUUUUACACAGUGUGCCUAUUCUAGGAUGGUUACAUUUGAAUGCUUUGAUUUCUGUAAAGAUGAAGAUGAAGCUGUUGAUCUACAAUCCUUUGAUUCUCACCAAUAAUAUUUUGAACAAUAAAUGCAUUCACACAUUCA